AUUCGCAGAAUCGAACGACUCCGUUGACACCGCUUUCUCGCACAUUUCGCGUUCUAUCUUUCCACGACUCGCGCUCGUCCGUCCUUCGUAUCGUUACGCGGCUUCGAACGCAGGUGUGCGAUGCAGCGAGAUACGGACGAUCGUGCGUCGUCGAUCGCACUCCGAUUAAUUUCGGUCUCCGACGGUCGCGCGAGUUCGGGAGAAUAUUUUCCAGGCGACGUUGACGGGGUCGUCAGCGACAACGAGCGACUCGACUCGUCGCCGUGCAUUGCCGCGAAUCACCCGUACGCCGCUGCGAUCUACACGUAGAAAAGACGGUGAAAUUCUCGAGUACGUAUAGGUGCGAACGAACGAGAUUGGCGGGGUCGCGUUAACGCGGGGUGAGCGAUAACCCGAAGAGAGAGCCCGACCCCGUCGAUAUUAUUACGGUUGAUCCGCUCGCGCACUUCUUAUCGUCGCGGGGCCACCGAAAUUCGUCCGAUAUCGGCGAGUCGUCGCCGAGGCAUACAGCCGCAACAUCGCCAAUCGGACGCAGGGUGCGCUCGACGGCUGAGAGUCUCACGUGAACGUUGAAACCCCCGAUUACGGCUGAAAAUCGAAUCGGUCUACACGCUGCCACCGAACAGACGUACACCGCGACGGUGCGUACGCGCGGUACCGGGUUCACGUCGGAUAGCUUCGUACGUUUGAGACGAAUGACGAACCGCGAGCGUCGCGACGGACGUACGUCGGAUGGAAAGGGAGACGUUGCGGUCUCGAAUUCACACCGUCGCGUCGCAACUACGCGGCGGAUCCGCAACACUCGCCCGGUACGUCGCACAGAUGAUACCGGUAUAAAUUGGCGAAAAAUGAAUGACGCCGAUUCGGCGCCGACGCGCGUACGAUCGUACGAACGCGGGACGAGGCGACGUCCCGGGCGAAUCGCCGCGAUGAAAACCGACGUUUGCUCCCGCGGCGGGUUUGAAAAAAGGAUACGAGGAGGUGCGACCGUGGCGCGUACGACGGGAUAAGCCGAUUCGGUGGCUUGAGCCGCGGAGCGAUAACUUAAGUAGGUGUACAAAGGAUCGGGAUCCGGGGAGCCGCGCGACGGUUGUACGCCGCUGGUCCGUCUCAGGCGAGGCAAGGGUCGAUCAUCUGUCGGCACUCCCACGAGGAUGGCGACAGAUCUCGCCACCGCGGAGCGUCACUUUGCACUCAAGCUACGGAAAAUCCGUCACGCGCGGGGGAACGGGAAGAGCGACUCGUCGUCCGACCGGAAAACCCUCGCCCGUACGCCCGACCGCGUGGCCCGCGUACACGCGUACGUCCCUCCCGCACCCUCCGUCGACACCCGCGACACGGGUGUCCCGGUACAACGCAGGUAUACGCGAAACGUACGACUGCGGUCCCUGCAACGCGCACGGAACAAGGACAAGUUCCUAUUCCGCGGUGACGGUCGCGGACGCCGCGGGUAUACCCCGUACGCUAUGCGGGGUGCGGGGCUCGAGUUGUAAUCCGUGUUCCGCACAGACGAGGCGCGACGGCGUUCUUUCGUUUUCAAACUCCUUCGCCCGCGCCGACGAGGAAGUAACGUCCUUGUACGUGUAUCCACGUACAAUCACGGCCAUUAGCUGUGCGGAGGAGCUUAUACCGUGCGGUAUACGAGACUUUGUCCAUUCGAACGGUCGGGCGCAUCGAGCCCUGGAAGAUCAGGUUUCUCGCGAUGUAUCCCAGCUGCGCCGAUUAUUUGCCUAUCGCCUUCGUAGAUUAUUCGUACGGAUUCGAAGCCGGUCGCCGAUUCGCAACAGCCGAUGACACGACAGAUACGAGACCGUUGCGCAACCCCGUCGCUUCGUUGCGUGCACCGCGGUGCGGGAAAAAUCGAGCCGUGCGCUGAUGCGGGUUACACGUAUUGAUAACCGUAUCGGGCGUACGUUGUACCGCGUAUACUUGCACGCGUAUAGAUAUUACGUGUUUCUGUCGGAGAUAGGCGCAUCGUGUGUAUGCAGUUCGACGCGUUUUCCCUCAGUUGUUACAAGGUGUACCACCUACACCUACGCCUUGAAAUGCGAAGAUGCGCUCGACCUCGAUGCAGGGACCGGUGACGAAUCUCGAGUUGAGUCGACCGGUCGUUUCGGUAUACGGUUCAGAUAUCGAGUCGAUGAAAUGUACUCAAUCGGCCGGAUCGAUAAGAUCUGUGGGAAUUGAACGUGCGACGUGACUCCCUCGGUGUUUGAGUUGCUUCGAUGUACACGCAUACCUAUAUCGCCUACGCUAUACAGGAAAUCGAUGUGACUCUGCGAGAGGUUUGGCUGCAGAGAGAAAACCGCAAGUUGCAGCUUAUCUACGAAGGUGGGAUCCUCAGCGACUGCUUCGACGAGAAAAUCACGGACCGGGGAAGCGACGACGAUUCAGCCGAAGAAUGUCGCGUAAAAAUGCCCCCGCAAGAGGAACGGAAGGGCGAAGGAGCCGGCGCCGAGUCACCGAGCGCAGAUUCGUCGGCCUUUGGCGGUAUCGGCGAUUGGUUUGCUUCGGCGGACGAUCUCCGUCGGCGGUGUUCCCGGAUCAGAACCAGGGUUAGAAAUCAAGUUUUGGCGCGGCGGAAGAUAUCGGCAUGCGGCUGGAACGAAUCGAGGAGAAGACCGAGGCGAUCACGAUCGGGACGACGUAGACGGGACCUGUUGCUGAUACCGGGCACGCAGUGGUGCGGCCGCGGUCACCGAGCUACGAAGUACACGAAUCUCGGAGGAUUCGGAGUUGCCGAUGCGUGCUGCCGUCGUCACGACACCACCUGUCCAUUCUUCAUACCUGCGUUUCAGUCGAAAUACGAACUAUUCAACUGGGGCGUAUCCACUAUCAUGCAUUGCGCCUGCGACGAGCGUUUUCGCACGUGCCUGAAAAUGGCGGGUACAUCGUCGGCGAAUUUCGUCGGAAAGCUGUUCUUCAACGUCGUACAGACCAAGUGCUUCGUCCUGAAGCCGCAAAAAGCCUGCCUGCGGAGAUCCAGAUGGGGGAAUUGCGAACAGCACGAGUACCGGAAGCAAGCCCGUCUCAGAUCCAACAUGCCGUACUGACGAGCGACGAUGGUAGACCCGGAUUGCGUCGGCGGUACGAAACGGAGGAAGUUCAAGGAUGUCGCAACGUUUUCGCUCCGGUACGAUCAAGUUGUUACGUAAACGUCAUUGGGUCAGGGAUCAGGGGCCAAAAUCAUAGAUCUCGAAAAGGGACGGAAUCGCAGAUUGUUGUACGAUGUACGCGAUGAUGAACUUGGCCGCACGAAUACCUAUUUCGAUGUCAUCGUUGUCGCGGAUUCGCAUCGCGACCGUGUUAAUUCCGUCGUUUCGAGCUGCGGCGUACGUUUGACGCGACGCGGAGAAACCUGAUCCCGUCGUAUACCGCGUAUGAUGAUAAAAUUGCGACCGUCCCAACUCUCGAAAAAUUCUCCUGCAGUUUUACCCGAUGGAACGUAACGCUGAAUCGCGCGUGUCAUACGAACAUAGCGUAGUAUAUGCGGCUGUAUGGUAUACGUAUAACUGUGUCUCGUACAUAGUGUACUGCACCACGGUUACUAUAUAUACAUGUAUUAAAUUUGCCUAUCCAACAACCGCCUCCGUGGCUCUCCGGAUAUAUCCUAGCAUAUAUUCUAUAGAAAUUAUACCGGUAGGAAAAUAAGUGCUGAAAGUAUAAUUCGAUAGAUUGUUUAUUCACUUAUAUGUAUACAUUUCUCAUGAUUCCCUGCAGUGACAAUAUACAGUGACGACAAUGAUACUCGGUGUGUGCCUAGAAAGAUGAUAUUAUUGAAAAGAAUAAAACUUCGAGAACAUUUUUUAGCCCAUCGGACUGUUUAAUCGUUGUCGAUGCGCGGUAGGGGUGCAGGUGAAAUGAAUUAUUCAAGAGCAGAUAUAUGGUCUGGAAGUGAUGGUUGAACGAGAACUCCGUGCAUCGAAACGGGAGGGACUUGCGAUUGCAGUUUUAUAAGCGAUUAUUACGUUAUUUUAUUGUAAUGCUUGGUUCCGCGAGUUCCGAGCUCGAUAUUGAACGUAUGUCCUCAUCAACCGUCAGAUAUACGUAUAGUAUCAUAGACUCAUAAUCGGAUAUCGCUAGGCACAAACAGAUUAUAUAAUACCGAUAAUUAUUGUCCCCACAUUUUUGUAAAUACCUAUAUGUAUGUAAAAUAGGGAGAGGAGAUAAUAUAACGCUAAGAUAUAGACAAACUGCAAUAUAACGUGCGAAUGAAGUGAAAAACGUGAAUGUGUCAAUCCGUAUACGUAUACCCAUCAUGUAUCAUUCGGCAAUAUGCGUCGAUCUUUAGUUCCGUUGUUUGGCGAAGCUGUAAUUCCAACGACCAGCAAUAAUAAAUUUUUAUCUCUGGAAAAGCUCAAA